CAACAACGACACAGCAGCAGUAAGCUGGGAAACGGGCACAAGCAGUUACCGGCUGGUGUCGUGCUAUAUGCCAAACGAGCAAGAGCUGGUGCCACCUCUGAUGACCUAAAAGAGGUGGUACCGGAUAGCGAGGCAUCCAAGUGCAUGACGAUACUUGGAUGCGACUCAAAUGCGCAUCACACAAUCUGGGGCAGCACGAUGUCAAUGACAGAGAAAAAGUAGAUUUCUACUUUUUUCAUCCUCCACACAAUUUUGUCAACCUUUUUAUAUGGUUCAAGAACUCAAAUAUGCACUAUAUCAGCUCGAAAACGCACACAAGAAUAUUGCCAACCUCAAUGGCAAUGUAUUUGACACAAGGUUAGUAAUGUACAUUGUCUGUGGAGAUGCGGCGUAAAGAACACUUUUCCAGCAUACAUUUUUAUAACUAGUGAUAGUUAGCAGUUAAGAAACAGACUUAUAGUGUAAUCAUGGAUGUACACGAUUUGCCUAAUGUGAGCUCAGAUUAAUUAAAUAUGGCAGUAUUCUUUAUCUAAAACUUGGCAUUACUCCUAAUGCAUGUUGAGGAUUGCAUUCAUUUGAAAUAUUUGAAGAUAAUUGCCUUGCAUUGAGCAUUCUAUAUCACAAAGUGUUCUCAUAACCGUAUGUAUUUUGAAAUGCACAAAUUCCAAAAGAAAGCACCAAAUCGCACCGAGUUGGUAAAAUUGAUAAAAAAUGUACCAGAAGAGUACCAACAACACAUUCAGUCAAUGUCGCUAAAAAUGAUGCAACAUUCUGCAUAUGGACAGCCUUAUCAAUGGAGUACACGAGACUUUGAAAUGGGUGCUCCCUUAGGGCGUGGAAAGUUUGGUCGCGUAUAUUUAGCUCGAGAACGAACAUCAAACUUUAUAGUAGCUAUGAAGGUAAUGUUUAAAGCUGAGCUAGAAAAGGGAAAUGUUCAACGACAAGUUCUUCGUGAAAUUGAAAUACAAACACGACUCAAACACCCAAAUAUACUGAGAUUACUGACUUGGUUUCAUGAUGACAGCCGAAUAUAUCUUGCUCUUGAAAUCGCUUCUGAAGGUGAAUUGUAUAAACAUCUACGCAAUUCGCCACAGCGUCGUUUUGAAGAGCCACGAGCAGCUAAAUACACUUACCAGGUAGCCGAUGCGCUUGAGUAUUGUCAUUUAAAUAAUGUUAUACAUCGUGACUUGAAACCAGAAAAUAUUUUGUUAACAUCAUCAGACGAUGUCAAACUAGCCGAUUUUGGUUGGUCGGCACACACUAUAUCCAAUAAGCGUAAAACAUUAUGCGGCACCUUGGAUUAUUUACCUCCAGAAAUGGUAGAUGGUCACAUAUAUGAUCAUUCUGUUGAUCAUUGGUGUUUAGGAAUAUUAUGUUAUGAGUUUUUAGUAGGCUGUGCGCCUUUUGAGUCGAACGAUAAUGAAAAAACUUACGAAAAAAUUAGACGUUUGGAAGUUUAUUAUCCUUCGCAUAUGAGUCCUGGAGCAAAAGAUCUAAUAUCUAAGUUAUUACGAAAAUCGAAUAAUGGACGCAUUACACUCGUGGAGGUUAUGAAACAUCAUUGGGUCAAGGAGAAUAUGGCUAUAAGAAACGCUUACUUAGAAGAGGAAAUGAGACGCGAAAAGGCUAUAGAAUAAAGUUUUUAUUAUCUUUGUAUUUUUAUAUAAUAAAAUUUUCUUCUCGAAAUGACUUUAAUCAUAAAAAUUAAUAAAAUUUUUCACAAGGAGGUAUGAAUGUACACAUGCACUAGUACCCAUAACUCUACGCUUCUCAAAAUAAAUGUUUACUGUUUUAAAUAUAAGGAAUCACUUAAAUUACUAAAAUUUUGUCUAAAUAUAAGGAAUCACUUAAAUUACUGAAA